AUGGAGCGCCAGCAGCAGGAGCAGGAGGUGGAGGUGGUGGGCGUCGUCGGCGUUGCGAGGGAAGAGGGCGGCAUCAUCCUGUUCCAGCGGCAGCGCCGGCAGAAGCGCAACUGGCUCAUUCCGGCAAUCAGCGUCCCCGAAAACGACCGCGGUCCCUUCCCCAAGCAUCUGGUUCAGAUAAAAUCGAACACACACGGGAAAGUGCACUACAGCAUCGUGGGGCCUGGCGCCGACCUGAACCCCGUCGGGGUUUUCAUCGUGGACUCCGUGACCGGGCGCCUCUCCGUCACCAAGACCCUGGACCGUGAGCUCGUCGCAGAGUAUCUGCUGAAGGGCCACGCGGUGGAUGUGAACGGGCAUCCCGUGGAGAAUCCCGUAGAUCUCCUCAUUAAAGUGAUCGACCUCAACGACAACAGGCCCAACUUCAACGCUCCCAUGUUCCAGGGCUCCGUGGAUGAGGGCUCCCCACCAGGCACGCCAGUGAUGACGGUCACGGCGAGUGACAAGGAUGAUGCCUUAUCGGCCAACGGCAUGAUCCGCUACAGGAUCAUGUCGCAGAUUCCCAAGGUGCCCGUGGACCGCCUGUUCACCAUCGACAACACCACAGGCGUCAUCAGCACCAUCGCCGCCGGGCUGGACCGCGAGCGAACGCCGCAGUACAUGCUGGUGGUGCAGGCCUCGGACAUGGAGGGUGACCCGGACAUCGGCCUCAAGAACACGGCCACCGCCAUCGUCACCGUCGCCGACAAAAACGACAAUCCCCCCGAGUUUACGGGCAUAACUGUACGCACCGCGCCACCACACUCACCUUCAGCGGCACGGCGCCGCGAGAACGCGGUGAACGUGACGGUGACGACGCUGACGGUGACGGACACGGACGAGCCCGGCACGCCGGCGUGGCGGACGCGCUACGUGGUGCGCGGCGGGACCCGGCAAGAACUUUGCCGUGGAGACCGACCCCCGCACCAACAACGGCAGGCUCUACGUUGUCAAG